AUGAAUCUCCCACAUUUCAACACUUCCCGGACGAAAACCCUCCUCCAUGCGUUUCAGGCAUUCAUCAUAUUCCUAGCCUGGGCGAUGACGAUUGCUGUGUUCACAAGAGAUGGGAAAACUGACGGUCGCACCGCCUGGUAUUUCGCUUUGUGUUGGUUCUCGAUUCCGGGUUUAAUAUAUCUGACUGCCGUUCCUAUUUGGCCGCGAGCACGGCGAUUCGGUAAUCCCUAUGCCUUUGCCACUGUUGAUGGUAUGUAUGCGUUCAUGUGGUUCACUGCCUGGGUGGCCAUCGCAACGUACGUUGGCAGUGGGAAGGCCAAAGGCGAAAAUGAUGACAAUAACAAGAAGAAUGGCAGGAAAGGGUGCGAUGCAUUUGCAUAUGGCAGCCCAGCCAAAUGCAGACUGAGCACAGGCACGGCUGUUCUCGGCGCUUUUGUCUUCUUGCUAUUUGUAGUAACCACAUUUCUAUCCUUGCGAGACGUUAUGGACUUCCGUCGAACCGGCAUGAUGCCAUACGACGGCUCCGACCCCACUUUGGCAGCGCAGUCCAAAGCAGCGUUUUCUUCCAACCCCCACGAGAUGGACGAAGAAGGCGAUGCCGAGUUCAGAACUGGCCGUCCUGGAGGGCUACACUCUAACCACCGCGAAGAUGGAGAUGACUAUGCCCUGCUUCAACAAAAUGAGGCCGAUGAUAUGCACCAUCACGGCGCUCGCCCCCCUCCGUCUGCAUAUGAUCCCACCGCGCCAAUUGCUCCCGGGCCGAGCCACCCUGCAGGGUCUAUGGCGCCAGGCGGUUUGAUGCAUGACUAUGAUACGAGCUACGGUGGCCCCUACUCUCAUACGUCGCAGCCGCCGACCAACUAUGGGCACAACCCUUACAAUCGGUAA